AUGAAACGAGCCCAGAAGCCCUUUUGGACCGUGAAGAAGGUGGUUCAAUGUGGAGUAGCUGGAACUGGAGCCUUUGCCUUCUCGCAAUUACUGUUUGGGUCCGAGUACUUUUACGCCAAUGUUGUUAUGCCCACUGUUCAUGCGUUUGUGGAUCCGGAAACGGCUCAUAAGUUGGGAGUAAAGUCGGCCAAGUAUGGGUUGAUACCUCGAUUUGGAGACAAUGUAAGAGAAUAUGCGCAGCUACAGACCAAAGUCAUGGGAAUCGACUUUCAGAAUCCUAUUGGUAAGGUUUGGCAUGAAUUUGAAUUUUUUUUAAAAUUGAGCUUGGUCCCCCUUGUGGAUUCACCCAACAUGAAUAUGUAUUGCUAUGCCCGCUUAUCAUAACUGUUUUUACAGGAAUAGCAGCUGGAUUUGACAAGGAUGGUGAAGCGAUAGAAGGCCUACAAAAGUCUGGGCUAGGAUUUGUGGAAAUUGGAUCGGUAACGCCUCGGCCGCAGCCUGGAAACGAGAAACCUCGGGUUUUUCGACUGCCAGAAGACAAAGCACUGAUAAACAGAUAUGGAUUCAACAGUAAAGGAGUUGGAUAUGUUAGUGACAAAGUGAAAGCGGUUUACAAGGGCGACGAUCAGGAUGUGUUCAGGAAUAGGGUUCCAGUUGGAGUGAAUUUGGGUAGGGUAAUGAUUUUUGGCUUGGGGGUGUUUUGAUGUUUGAAGGAGGGGGGGGAGGGGUGAUUAAUUUUGAAAAAAUAGGCUUAUGGGGUCUGUAUUAAAAAGUUUUGGCAGGAUUUUCAAUAUUUAAAAAAAAACUUUUUUGCUGUAAAGAAAGUUAUUGCAAUUUUUGCCGAAAUGCAGAAAAACAUUAUAAAAAUGCAAAUCUUAAAGGAAAAAAAGUAAAAUACGACCUGUCGGGACAUGACGUUUCUAAAUUUUCAAAUUUUUUCCCUGUAAACAAAGUUGUUGCAUUUUUCAUUAAAAGUCCUCAAAAAUCAUAGUUAAUAUGCAAAUUUAUAGGCAAAAACAAAGACACAGAAUUCGCAGCGUUAGACUAUGAAAUUGGAGCCGACUACUUUGCCAACUUCUGUGACUAUCUCGUCAUCAACGUCUCAUCACCCAACACGCCUGGCCUCAGGGCGUUACAGAGCAAAACCGAAAUUGAAAAUGUAAAUUUUAAAUUUUUCAAAACCAAAAAAUUUUAUAUACCAUCAGGCCUUGAUCUGAACUCACCUGUUUUCAUAUUUUUUUUUAACUUUUGGGACAUAGCGGAUGUUAUAAUCAGUUGUUAUAGAUCCUAUCAACCUUCAACCAAGCAGUCGACCGAAUGACUCAAGAGAAGGGGAAACGACCAAAAGUGCUUUUAAAAAUCACGUCAGACUUGAAUUUGUUUGAUCGAAGGGAUAUUGCUAAUGUAAGUGGGAGAAAAUUAUAUUAUACAGGGACGUCACUACGGAUUUUCUCUGGGGGAGGUCGAAAAAAAAUUUUUUCGUCCACAUUUUUUUCGUACCUGUGGACCGAUUUUUCAAAAUUUUUAUUUUUCGUUUUUUCACGUACAGGUACCACCUACCUGUGGAAUUUUUUUCGGAUUGGCUCUGGGGAGGGGGGUACCCCCCCCUACCCCAAACGACGUCCCUGAUAUUAUAGUAGGUAUCCGUAUACUAUACUUGAUGUUUUUUUUAACUGUUCGGAUAUAAAUGAAAGGUUUUGGACUUGUUUUGGGUUAAGAAUGCCAUUUUAAGGAUUGUUUGAUAUUAAAAUGGCAUUUUCUUCCUUCUCAUAUUGUUAAAAUUGGCAAAAAGUAUGUUUAUUAGGCUUCAAAAAAGUCUUGUCGCUUUUACCCCCACAGGUCAACAUAAAUUAACGACAAGUCUUUUUUGACCUUUUAGAUAAUGAAAUUUUGUCAUUUUUUAAUUUAGGCAAGAUUACAAAUGACCUUUUUAGGUAGCAGUAAACCCGAAUAAUCGAAUUGACGGCCUGAUCAUUUCGAAUACCACUAUAGAGCGGCCAGACGACCUCAAGUGUUUAUAUAAACAUGAAACUGGAGGUCUUUCUGGAGAGCCACUGAAGAAGGCAAGUACGGAAUGCAUCAAGGAAAUGUACAAGUAGGUUUUACAUGGCUAUAUGAGGUCAAUUUGAAAAUUUUAAAAAAUGAAAAAAAUUGUGCUACUGGUACAGUUUGGUACCACUGGUACUGCCUAAAAAUAAAUAGUUUGAAAAAAGUCGUUUUUUAGUAAUUUAAAGUCGUUUUGUCGAAAAAAAUUUUUUUUUGUAAAAUGGUAUUAAUGGUACCACUGGUACUUAAGUACUAUAAAAAAUGUCUUUAAUUGACCCUAUUUGCACCAUUUUUAAGCCAAAAAGUAGUCCAAACUAAUAUUAAUUCAAUUUCUCUAACCCAAACUAACAUUAAUACAAUUCCAGGCUAACAGGUGGUGCAGUACCAAUAAUCGGCGUUGGCGGCGUAUCAAACGGUACUGAUGUGUACGAGAAAAUCCGAGCCGGCGCAUCCCUAGUACAAUUCUACACGGCAUUGGUGUACGAGGGCUGGCCAGUGAUAGGGAAAAUGAAAAAAGAGCUCCGAGAACAUUUAUUUCACGAUGGUUUCGGAACGGUGAGUUCUGCUGUUGGAGCUGACGUGAGAUUGGAGGAGCAACAGAAGAUCAUCGAGAAGCAGCAGAGAUCGUGGUGGAAGUUUUGGUAG